UGUACGUCCAUGCACGAACAGUCCAUCCGUGACGCCAUUACACUCGGACAGCCUCCAGGGACCCACUCGCCAGCCGGGGUAAUAGUGGCUGACUGACACCAGGGCAGGCACGAGGAUCACGUGAUGGCUAAACGGACGCUCUCGUGUAAGUUUGACUUACACGUGUAAGCUAAUCGAAUGCACCCUUACUGUUCAUGCCACAUUGGCUUGUACACGUGACCUGUUUUGUCAGGUAUACAUGUACAUGUACAUCAUUUCGCAAUCGACCAACGCUUGGCCUACCUCACGUAAGUUCGUAACGGAGACAGCCUUUCCCGACUAUGACCGACGCACCCUCAGAAUUUGCCAAGAGAUCAGGUAAUACGAAUCUGUACAUGUCGCACAUUCAAGGACAAGGCGAUGGAGGUCAGGCUAGUAAGCCCGUUGUGGCGUCGACUUCCCCCUUCCUCACGCCUAGUCAAAAGGAGGAACUAGAGGGAUACGUCUUCCAAUUCACUAACUUCUCCGUUGAAGGUGGUGGGAGCAAGGCAUUUGCUGCAGUUGGAGCAAUUCGGGUUCUUGAAGAGUUGGGUUACUGGGGCAACAUCAAACGAUUCGCCGGGGCCAGUGCCGGUUCCGUGGUCGCUGCAUUUGGGGCUGUCGGAUACAACUCGCACGACAUCGAAAAGUUCUCAAGCUGGGAUAACAAAGUAUUUCUUGACGCCACAUUUGGUAAACUCAGCCUACUCCCAAACAUGCUGAGGAAGUUCGGCUGGCACCCGGGCAACAAGAUCUACGAGUGGUUCGGCGAUAGAGUCCAGGCCAAGAUGGGUAACCGUGACCUGACAUUCGAAGAGCUAUACCAGCAAACAGGAAGGGAACUGUGUAUCACUGUGACCAACAUGAACAACAUGGACUGCACGUACUGCCAUGUUAAGACGACCCCCGAUAUGCCGAUCAGACAAGCUGUCAGGAUGUCCUGCAGUAUUCCAGGUGUGUAUUGUCCUGUGAAAGUUCAGAAAGGGAAGACCAACGACUACUUUGUGGACGGGGGACUGCUCUGCAAUUAUCCAAUACACUGCUAUGACGGUUGGUUUCUGUCCAUGGAAAAAGAGAAUUCCUUUCUUCGCCGGCUUAAAUCCAUUGAGGAGCUGCCAAAACUGUGGGAGCCCAAGGAGCGUUUUGGUAAAAGGAACGACAGAACAUUUGGGAUUCUAUUGUAUGCUGGGAACGAGAGAGAGGUAAUGAAGCAGGAGCUGAUGGAUCGCUUCGACAAGUUCAUCAAGCCGUCGGAAAAGCAAGAAUAUCCGCCCACAAAACUCGCUAAGAAGCGGGCAGAAGUUAUGAAGGAGCAAGCCAUCAAAGCUAAGGAGCACAGGUUGCUAGUGACGACGUUUUUUAAUCUAAUGAAGGUACUCGAAGAGAACGACAUUGACGAAAGCGGUACCAUCAGUGAGCAAGAAUUCGAGAAAGCCAUGAACCAGACAAGCUCAGACUUCUCGGAUGAAGACAAAAAACUUUUAUUUGGAGACGACUUCAGGGACACCAAGGCACUAUUCAAACGGAUGGACACCCACGCAGAUGGCGAGAUAACCUUCCGGGAACUGGUGUCGUUUGCCGAGAAGCAAGGCUUAGAGAUCAUGGAGAAUUUCCGAGGCUACAAACGACAAGAGAUCACCGACCUGCAGAGCUACUUUGGGGCCAUCAUGGAGAGCCUGCUGCUGAACAUGAAGAGAAUCUUCGUGCAGAUAACCUUCCGGGAACUGGUGUCGUUUGCCGAGAAGCAAGGCUUAGAGAUCAUGGAGAAUUUCCGAGGCUACAAACGACAAGAGAUCACCGACCUGCAGAGCUACUUUGGGGCCAUCAUGGAGAGCCUGCUGCUGAACAUGAAGAGAAUCUUCGUGCAGAGCUCUGACGUGAGUCGUACAAUUGGCAUUGACACUAGCUAUCUCGACACACUGGACUUCGACAUGGAGAAACAAGACCAAGAUUACUUAGUUCAGCAAGGGAAACUCGGCUGCAUGGCUUUCCUUCGCGAGCUCAUUGCGGAGGGAAAGAUAACCCGCAAGACAUGAACCUGCAGGGUGGCAGAUCGUGGUAGACGAGAAACUCCGCGUGUCCGAAUGUAUAUAGAUCAGGCGAUACUCGAACACCGUUCAUGCAGCUCGGGCGAUCAUAGACCUUUCCAGUAAUAAAUUCAUAAUAAUUCACGCAUGUGCACAAAUGGCCUUGGCAGAAAGAAGCGUGAGUGGGCCAUUAAAAACAGGUACAGGGGCGCGACUUUGAUGAUGAUCAUUUUCGUCUCAGGCUUUCUGGCUUUGUACAGGUGUUUCUUCAGACAAUCCUAUUAAAUCGGUUUUGCUAUUAGUUUCUAAUGUAGUACGAUUUCUAGUGCUCUGUAAAAUUUUUAUAUUAGUAUUUUAUUAGAUUAAAUUUAUUUAAAUUUAUUUUAUUAAAUUUACCAGUAUUUGGCAUUGAUGGUAGCACUAUGGAAAUAAUGAAGUCGCAAUUAUACUGCUUUAAUUCAACAUUUAACCUUUUAUGAGACUAAUUCAUUUUGUUAGCAUGUUUCAGAUGUAAUGCUGGUGAAGUUGGCAGUCGUGUUUUUUUCCAUUCUUGUUGGAUAUAGUCUUGGUGAAUUGCCAGUCAUUUGGUUGUUGGUUCCUGAUUUUUAAAAAGAAUUAUUUAUGGUUACUGUUUUUUUUCUUAGAUGUGAAGGUUAAUUAACUUUGACAUAUUUCUAGUAUUUAUUUUAUAGCAUUUAAAUAUAUUGAUACUACUUUGGUAGUGA